UGCAGGACCCCCAGCCCCGUUCCAUAACAGGCUCCAUCCCAUUCCCAGCCCCAGAGCCCCCUGGUUCCAUUGUAACACCAGGCCCAGAGCCCCCCAACUCCAUCCCACCCCCAAGCCCAUGCCCCUUCUCCCAGCCCCAUUCCAUCCUCAGCCCCUAUCACCCACCAAGCCCCCCACUGCCAUCCCUGGGUGCCCACCACCCACCCAGUCCCCCACACAUCUGCCCUGGCCCAAGGGGAGGGUGCUCAGGGUGCACUCAUCCCCCAAACCAGCUGCCUCCCAGCCCUGCUGCCAGAAGCAGCCCCUCCACCAGUUACCUCCCGGAGCCAGCGGGGACAACUUUUCUGGAGCAUCCGACCUCGUCUCACCCACCCUCCACACCAGGAGGCUGCAAACCAGCAGGACCAAGAGCUUCAUGUAGAAUCUCUUCAUGAUUUGAUCCUAUUCAGGACUCCAGACAGGCACCGCUGGGCAGCGGGAACAAAAGCUUGACGGCUCGGCCUCAGGCAGGGGAAAAACCAACAAACACAUGGGCACAGGCUGCGGAUAAAUCCCUGCGAGUGCAGGAGCGCGGCUGGGAGCAGACACGGACCGUCAGCCUCUUGCCCCUGUAGUCAGCCCCGGCGUGAUGCUCCUCAUCCCACUGCCAGCCUGGCUGGCCCUGGGCAUCCUGCAGCUGCCCCUCGGCAGCUCCCAGGAAUGCCUGAACCAGCAGCAGGCACUCAGUGUGGUGCGGCAGAUGCAGAAGCUGCUGGUGGCACAGGAGGCUGCCCACCUGCAGGGCACCCGCGGGCUCCGGCACCAGCUCUCCAUCCUCCAGAGCCGCCUCCAGAGACCGGCCACCAAACGCAAUGAGAUGUGCCCGCAGCCGGCAGUGCCCCUGAACGGACGGAUGCUGGGCCGGAGCCUGCGGGUGGGCCACGAGGUUCACUUCGUCUGCGACGCCGGCUUCCGGCUGGUGGGCUCGGAGACACGCGCCUGCCGGCACAACCGCACGUGGAGCGGCACCCAACCCUUCUGCAGAAGUAUUGAUGACUGCUCCAGCAACCCGUGUGCCAACAGCGGGACCUGCGUGGAUGGCAACCAGAGCUACACGUGCCUCUGCCCCCCAGGCUGGUCAGGCCCCAGCUGCCAGAGCCCCAUCUACUCCUACUGGGUGACACUGAGCAACACCUCCUUCAGCCGCCAGCCCCGCUGUGCCGAGGGCCGCUCGGGCUCCCGGCGCUGCAGCUGUGACACCGGCUUCCAGCUGCAACCUGGCGGCGUGUGCCAAGAUGUGGAUGAAUGCCAGCUCUACCAGUCCAGCCCCCAGACACAGAUUUGCCUCCAUGACUGCCUCAACCUCCCUGGCUCCUAUCGCUGCCUCUGCCCCCCUGGGUAUCUGCUCCACGCUGACCGCAAUGCCUGCGAGGAUGUGAAUGAGUGCGCUGGGAAGCAGCACAACUGCAGCCAGGGUGACCUCUGCAUCAACACCUUCGGGGGCCACCGCUGUGUGCGCCCCAAGUGCCCCCCGCCACGCCACAACACCAGCUAUGUCAAGACCUCUGCCUUCCAGUGCGAGAGGAACCCCUGCCCCAUGGACAGCCGAGCCUGCCACCUGGCUGCCAGCUCCAUCUCCUUCCACUACCUGCCGCUCCAGGCCAACCGCACCGUGCCCCGUGUCCUCUUCAAGAUGUCCACGGCGCGCUCCCUGGGGGACAGCCUGCGCUUCGCCAUCACGGGCGGACGGGGCCAGGCCGUCUUCGCCGUGCGGCGCUCGGACCGGCACACGGGAGAGCUGCUGCUCACCAGCCCCGUGGCGGGGCCAGCCACGCUGGAGGUGGAGCUGGAGAUGAGCGAGUUCUCCCACAAAGUCCUCCUGGGCAAGCACAUCUUCAAGGUCACGGCCUUUGUGUCCCCUUAUGUGUUUUGAUUCCCUCUGGAGGCAGGCGUGGGGCCAUGCCAGGGUCUCUCCUGGGGAGGAACAGAGCAGGUUCAGCUCAGCGGUCCCAGUUUUUGUCCCAUUGGAGAUAUCCCUCUGCCAUAAUGCUUUCUCAUAGCUGUCACAGCAAAGACUGUGUCCCUAUAGGAAAAACCCCAUGGCCAAUGGAAGGACGGGCCCGGGGGUGCCUGCCUCUGCCAGCCCCCUUUCUCUCUGCCCACAUGGCACACAGAGGGGAAAGACAGAGUGAGCCAAGAGCACUUGGCAUGCAGAUUCAGCUUCUUGUAUCUUGUAAUCUCUAAUAAAAGAA